AAACAAAACCCAACACGCUACCAACAAAAAAACCAAACCUAAUAUCUCCCUUAUCCUCUUCGUUUUCAUCUAAACUCUCUCCUUUCUCAGAGAGAGAGAAACUUGUAGAGAGAGAGGUUGAGAUUUGUAAUUGUUUCGUUAAAACAACCCCAAAACAGACUUUGUGAAUGUAACACUUAGGAGACACAUUAGAACUUUAAUAUAUAUUUAGAGAGAGAAAUUUGUUCAUAGAUCAGAACAAAAAAAACUUUUUGUCAGUUUUAGUUUUUGAUUUGAAGAAAAAAAAUGGUGGGUAUUUUCUCAAGGUUCUCUGUCAGCAGAGCUGGUCAUAGGAGAAGUCAGAGUGCACUUGUUGAGAGGGAAGCAGAGCCCCCGACUUCAGAUUCUACUGGUGCUGUAAAUGCUGCUGCAUCUUCUCAUGGGAUUGAAGUUGCAGUUGAGUUUAAACCAGUUGAACACCCAAAUGAGCCUCUUGAUAAUGAUAGGCCGAUUCAAUGCCCGCUACCAGAACCUUCCAUUCUUAAUGAUGGAAGCAUAUGGAAGGACCGGGUAUCUGCAACAGUUAGGCGAAGAGGUGAUUUGCCAGUGAUGAAGGAAGGAAAUUCUCUUGAGGCUGAGGAUGUUGGGAGGAAACCCAAGUCUGCACAAACACAAGGCAACCGAAUGAUACUACCAUCUCUCAGUGCACCUGAACAUAAUCUCUUAACUCUGCUUGAAGAAUGUAAUGCAUCUGGGAUCUGAACAAAAUCCUGGUAAAUUUUUUCUUUAGGGAAAAAAUAAUAAUCGAAAAUUUUCAUAAAUAAAUAAAUAAUAUAUAAAAUUUGAAUGUGUUCAAUAUACCUUCCUCACUCUGCCACAUAUAUAUAAAUAUAAAUAUUUACUUUUGCCUUCAUGUAUUUGUAAAAAUUUCUCAUGAAUUUACACCACGUUUAUGCAAGUAAAUCCAAGCAAAUGCAUAAAUUUUGAUUUAUUUUUGGGGGAUGGAUUCAACCUCACCAAAACUUGUAUUGUGCUUUCCCAUGCUAUUUACUGAUUGGCAAUUUUUGUUGCACUAUGCGGUAGUGUUAUGUUUCAUAUUAAGAUUGCUUUGCCUAUAUUAGGCUUUCUUGUAUUUUAAAUGGUACCAUAUUAUUUCUUAUUAAUACAACCUGUGUUUCUUUUA